ACUCGACCUCCACAUAGUAGCGUCGGGGAAAUCUACUCUGGGACUGGGGUGAAGAGCCAGUCGAACCAGUGAGUGAGUUUUGACGAGCGCAUUGCAUCUGCAUAGAGCGUCAGAACCUGGCCUAUACAUUGUAUGCUUGGAAGAUGAGAACGCAUGUUUCGUGCCGGGUCCUGACAAGACGACGACACAUGAGGCACCACAACCCGACCCGCGGGAGACAUGGGUGGAAAACGUCAAAAUGGUACCGAGGAGACCAGGAGUAAAAGUACCGCAGAACGGCUAGCAGCCGAGCCCGUCCCCAAGCGACAGCGCGUUUCUCGAGCAUGCGAUCAAUGUAGAGCUGCGCGUGAGAAAUGCGACGGCAUUCAACCCCUUUGCUUUCCGUGUGCUUCACAGAAUCGGCAAUGCAGCUGGGAAGAGCCCAAGAAGAAGCGUGGGGUCCAGACCGGGUAUAUCAGAACUUUGGAGAUGGCCCUCGGCUGGAUAUUCGACAAGAUGCCUGAAUCAGAAAAGGCGCUUCACAGCCUCCUCACACACGAAGGUGGCCAGGGGCGACUGUUGCUAGCCGGGAAGGAUACCUCGACCGGGACUCGACUUCAUCGUCGAUGGCGCAAGAGCACCGUCCAUGCAGAAAUCGAGCGCGUGCUGUCGGGGGAUGCAGCGUGUAUUGGACCUGUGAAUGGGUCAACUCCCGGUGAAGAUUCCGAUGAAGAAGGGCCAGAAAAGGAAACACAAGACACAAAAUCCACUCCUGGGAUUCUGGAACCACUCGUCCAUUCGAAGAUGGAUGGCGAGUCAACGGAAAGGCCCCAACAGAGGCCACAAUGGCGCGAAGAUCUUACCACACCGAAAUCUAACGAAACAAAUAACUUUAAAAGUCUAUCAAAUGUUCCAACCCCUUCCCGGCCGCGACCUCCACCGAACACCUUUACCCUUCCUUCCAACCACUGGCGUCUUCUUGAUAUAUACUUCUCAUAUACCCACAUUUGGUUUCCAAUACUCGAAAAGCACGCGCUUUUGAAGACAGGGUACUCUUACCCAGAAGACGGACUACAUGUUACCUGCGAUACUGCGGGCUCUGCCGGACAUGCUGAACUCUGGGCUGCGUUGGCGCUCACAUCUUAUCAAGAGGCCGCUAGCAGAAGUAAAGAAAACGCCCGAGAGGCAUUAGCAAAUCCCGGCCACUUAAAACCCAAAGAGAUUUAUCGUAUAGCUCGCAGUCUUAUACCUCUCGAGGAUGGGGAUUUUGAAAUUCGCCAUAUCAAUGCGCUCCUAUUACUUACUCUCGUAAACAUGGCCUGCGAUGAUAUCAAUUGUGCGUGGCUGUUGAUAGGAGUUGCAAGUCGAGUCGCCCUCUCCUUAAGACUGCACGAGAACUUAGCCUCAACACGACACAAACAAUAUACCCACACCUACAUGGGAUGCUUCAUCUUAGAUACCCUUCUUUCAGCGCGCCUAGGUCUUGUACCGCAUCUCAGAUCUGGUAUGGCUCAUAUAAAUCUGCCUCAUCUUGAUAACGAUCUGGACGAAUGGCAGCCUUGGAUGCCUUGUCCUGAUUUUGGCCCUGCGAAACGGGAUCCGCGGCUAUCACGAACACCAUCCCAUUCAAUUAGCUCAUUCGCCAUCCUUCAUAGAAUUCACCUCGUUCUUUCACGUCAGCUCUGGGAUGAGCACAGAAACUCCAUGCAAUUCGGAGACGCAUUACUGCACACACUACACAAUGCAGUCAGCCAAUGUGGCGCACAAACAGUCUUCUCGAGCUACAUUUUCACUGGCGAGUACGUGACGAAUCAGCUUCCAUCUGUUCACAUAUUGCGUAUACCAUAUCUAUACACAGCAAGCAUGUGUCAAAGGUCCCCCUUCUUGCACCGCUCAGUUCUAAGUUGCACCGAGGAGUACAUAAACAGCUUCGGCAUAUGCGGACUGUCUCCCCUGCUCCCUGUAUUCAUGAGACUGGUUGACCAGCAAACACAAAAUGACUCUCUUACGAGGGAUGAGAGAUGUCGGUGGAAACAAACUAAGACAGCAAUCGAAGCAGUGUGGACAAAAUCAUCCCGGAGUUAUGAAAUAGGCACUGGGGCUGAGGAUGUUCACCCUGCGCAUUACCCGCAACAACCAAACACGGCCUUUGGAGUUGUUCGUAGCGUAGAAUCGCAUCGGCCGCCUUCGUCGACUACUACUUCAUACCAUCCAAACGCCAAUAUUAAUCACGGAUCUACGAAUUUGGGCAUGCUAUACCCACAAGACCCCGCCGCAAAAAUGAUAGGGCUUACCGCCCACCACCACCAACCAUCUGACACUAAAGCGCUUCAGCUGAAUGGGCACUCAAAUGUUCUUGGGGAGUUUGAGAACGUAGACACACUCACGAUAUCCCCGUCAAUACAUCCUCAAGAAACUGGGCGGCCAAGCUUCGAUAGUCCGGCACUUGAUUACGAUACUAUUCUGGACGACAUUGCGUCGAUUGAACGUACUAGCAUGCCAGAGUCGGAAACCCAAUUUAUGGCAAAUUUGGGGCUAAGACCGGGCACUAACUUCGCUGACGUGUUCUCUCAUGAAUUUAUGGGCUUCACUUGAGACAAGAAAAAUAUCAGGGCGAAAUUGGUUCGAUACAAUGCAUUGCAUCGGCUUUAAGCGAUCGGCGCAGUGUCAAACGUCACGCCGUGUAGGUGCUCUGUCAGAGCUCUGUAAUGGCACUCUACAUGGCCAUUUAGAGUUGAUCGAAAACAUGAUGAAAUGAUAGGCCCUACGAGGACGAGAUCCAGCAAACAGCAUACAUACACUACA